AGCGGCCACGGACAUGUGCAGGAUGUCCUUCAAGAAGGAAACUCCACUUGCCAACGCCGCAUUCUGGGCAGCCAAGAGAGGAAACCUGGCCCUGCUGAAGCUGUUGCUGAACAGCGGCCGGGUGGACGUGGACUGCAGAGACAGUGUACGGGCCCAUCACGGUGUUUCAUGUGCGCAUGCCCAGAGCGCGCACAUUUGGACACAUUUCCCUUUGCAGGGCUUGCUUGCUUGUUCCUGCAUUUGCUUGCUAUAUCCUUUGCAAAACGUCCAAAGUGGUGGUGUGAACUUAAAAACCUAACUGGGGGAAGUCAGAAAGGAAAGGAAACAGUUACACUACUUGCACAAAACAGAAGGGAAGGCAGCCACAGCAGAGAAAGAGGCACUUCCCUAGGAAUCAGAAUCAGCAAAUUACAAGGAGAAAAAAGUUGAGGGAAGGAAACCACUGUUUUAUGAAAAGACGGAGAUCGUUUAGCGCGCAAGUGGGUUGCCAUGGACGUGGGAGUUAGGUUUUCCUAUGAGGAUGAGAAAUCUGAGAAGUGACAGCCUCCACCCAGCCUCUUACUCUUCCUUCCAUUACCUUUUGCAAACAUAAAUACAGUAAUUGGCAAUUGAGAAGGGGUAAUAAAAAUAGAUACUACUGCCCACUAGCAGGCAUGAGAGAGCCCUUUCCCUCCCCAGCUGGAGGCAGUAACUUCUCUGUGCUCAGCAGGACUUUUCCCCAUCUCUGGGGACAAGGGGUUCCUCCCAUGAGAGAGUGAGCAGAGAUAUUUUGAUCGUAGGAUUUGAAUUAAAAUGUUUUCAAAGGAGCCUUAAUGUUUUCCUGAAAACAGGAUGUUUCAUUUCCAGCUUUUGUUGCACUGAUUUGGUAAAUGAAAUCUGCCACCAGCCCAAGAGCAAAAUAGCAAAGAUUGUUCCAACUUGCCCACUGGGGAACUGGGGCAGGAUAGUUUUGGUUGGCAACUCCAGCUCCACCCCACACCCUUCUUGUUCCAUGUCCUGAAGACAGAAUCACAUGGACUGUCCCCAGUUGGGUUUGUCCUGUGGCACGUUGGCAGGAGUCAAAGGGUGGGAGGAGAGGGACAUCUGUGCCCAGUGCCCUCCCUGUCUGUCUGGCACCAGUGCCCCUGCCCUCUGCCACCUGGAGACCAGUACCUUCCCCUCACUGCCUUCAGGCUUUGGUCCCAGAGGCCCACUUUUCCUAGCUGCCAGUAUUACACUGUUCUUUGUAGUUUCCCAGGCCACAGCUUUGUAAAUAGUCUCUUUAUUAAACUUUCUUCCAAUCAUCCCAAUUUGAAUAUGCCAUCUGUUCCUUGUCAGAACUCAGGCUGAUAGGGAGCCUUGGGCGUCUGGGAACUGGCCAUCCCAGUCUUAAUCAGGCCCCACUGGGCCAGUUCCUACCUCAUGCUGGGCAAAACUGUGGGGUAAAAUCACCAGUUUUCAUUGUGGCUUCACCCACUGACCAGUCUGAUGACCACUUUUCUCCGUGGGCUUGAAGCCACCCCUUUCAGACUCACCUACGACUUCCUCCCAGCUUCCAGCUUCCCAGGGGUGCCCCGCAGUGCUGCCCUCGUCCUGCUCAGCUCCCUUUCCACAUCAGGAGGCCUGUCCCACCACCUUCUUUCCCUCAGAGCUCACACACUCUGCUAUCUGCUGGGAGAACAGUAGCUAUUGUGACCAAAAAUUUUGCUUUUAUGAAUAGACAUUAAUAUAUUUAUUUAAAACAAGAAGUCAUCUUAUCAGGAGCUUUCUGGAGAGAUGAUUGAUUAACCCCGUGGAGUAAGUCUAAGUGAUGGUAAUUUCAGACAUCUCCUUCAUUUUGAAAAGACCUGUAAGGCUGGUGGUGACUGAAACAGGGACAUGUUUGAAAACAGUGCAGGCCUUUCUUCCCUGUGGAAUGUCACUAGCUAAGUUUUUGCUUCUUCUGUGUGCCACCUGAAUGUGGAGUCCAGGUUCCAGAACAGUUUCUUACAAUGCUCAUUGAUGUCUACACUAGUACAGCCCUGCUAUUGGGGCCAGCCCCAGGAGGGCCAUGGGAAUGCAAGGAGGAGCCCCUGGGGCCCUGUUGGGAAUUGUUCCUAACCUCGAGUAUGACUUUUCCAACAUUGUAAAGAACAAAUAUUUAAUCUCUAGGCUACCCGCUAUACACCAAAGCUUUGAUGUGCUAACACCCAUUCACCUUUGAUUCCUAGAUCAAUGCUGUCUUUCCGUGAUGUUUUUAUUUUUUGCUUUGCCUCCUCCCUGACAUCCAUGUGCCACCACGAUGCGAAUGGCAAGAUUCUUUUAGCUUUUUUAGGUGUAUUAAUGGAUGUGUUUUUUAGCCUUUUUUGUUUUAGACUUGACUACAUUUAUGUACAUUUAUAUAUGCUCUGUUCAAAAGCAGUAUUUUUUUGUUUUGUUUGUUUGUUUUGCAGUUUUUGGCCGGGGCCGGGUUUGAACCCACCACCUCCAGUAUAUGGGACCGGCGCCCUAAUGCUUGAGCCAUAAGCACGGCCCAAAAACCAGUUUGUUUUUUAAAGAUAUAGUUUACCAUCAGCCACUGAAAUGAAGUAAUCUUAAUAUUUAGAGAAUGAAAAUCAGUCAGGCUAAUAGGUUUUUAAGUAUAAAGGAAGGAUUUUGUGCAGUUUAGUAAAUACUGCCUUAUUCUUCUUUGUUCCAACAUGACUUUGUCUCAAUUAACCAUGAUGUCAAUUGAACUGAAAUACAAUCUGUGAAGUAUUUUUGUUGUUUGUUUGGUUCAACUUUCCUUUGAAACAGAUGAGCCUAACAGUUUUUAUUUUCCUUUUUAAAUAUUGAAAUUAAGUGAUUCGUACCUUCUCUGACUCUUAUUGUGAGAUCAGUGUGACCCAUGAUAACAGAUUUUCUCCACUCUCGUGUAAAAGCCUAUAUUCAUAGCAUAUCUAGUCAGUCUGGCUUUUGACCAAGUGUGGUAGUUCAUCUGGGUUGCUGUAUAACAAAACAUCUUAGACCGGGUAAUUUAUAAAUAACAGAAAUCUAGCCAGGAAAUCCAAGAUCAUGGCUGCAGCAGAUUUGGUUUCUUUCUAGUGAGGGCUUCUGCUUCACAGAUGGUGACUUUUUGCUGUGUCCUCAAUGGUGGAAGAGAGCAUGGAGCUGCCCUCUUCAGCCUCUUCUAUGAAGGCACUAAUCCUAUUCAUAAAGCAGGAUUUUGGCUCAGAAAUCAUUUAAUAUGAAUCAUAAAAUAAGACUAUUAUGUCACUGCUGACUUGAAAUGCAAUAACUAUGGUUCAUCUGGACUAUGUUUCUAAAGGAAGUGGAAUAUGGUACCACGCUCCUGAUGGUUGCCGCCUAUGCUGGUCACAUAGACUGUGUGAGGGAGCUGGUUCUGCAGGGCGCAGACAUCAACCUCCAAAGGGAGUCAGGUACAACUGCCCUGUUCUUUGCUGCCCAGCAAGGCCAUAAUGAUGUUGUAAGAUUCCUCUUUAGAUUUGGAGCAUCUACUGAAUUUAGGACCAAAGAUGGAGGCACCGCCCUGUUGGCCGCCAGCCAGUACGGGCACAUGCAGGUGGUGGACACCCUGCUGAAGCACGGAGCCAACAUCCAUGACCAACUUUACGAUGGAGCCACUGCCCUCUUCUUGGCUGCCCAAGGUGGUUACUUGGAUGUUAUUCGAUUACUGUUGUCUUCAGGAGCAAAAGUCAACCAGCCAAGGCAGGACGGGACGGCGCCCCUGUGGAUCGCGUCCCAGAUGGGCCACAGCGAGGCGGUGCGGGUGAUGCUGCUGCGCGGGGCCGACCGCGACGCCGCGCGGAAGGAUGGCACAACAGCAUUAUUGAAAGCAGCCAACGAAGGGUAUAAUGAUGUUAUAGAGGAGCUGCUUAAAUUCUCACCCUCUCUUGGUAUUUUGAAGAAUGGGACAUCGGCGCUCCACGCGGCCGUGCUCAGUGGAAAUAUUAAAACAGUUGCACUGCUCCUGGAAGCAGGGGCGGACCCAUCCCUGAGAAACAAGGCCAAUAAACUUCCAGCAGAGCUCACCAAAAAUGAACGUAUUUUGCGUCUCCUUCGAAGUAAAGAGGGUCACAGAAAAAGCUAACCGAGUUCCGUAUGUGAUGGAAAGAUGGAAACCUUAACCAUAUUGUGCAAAAAGAAAUUGCUUUUUAAAAAGGGUUGGAAAUUCUUUUAAGAAAGAAAAUGCCCAGAAUGGCCACUCUGUUGGUCCCUGAUGAAGAAGAGCUGUGCUCUCUGCUCCGAGUCAAGAGCAGAACAGCUCAGGGAUCCCUUCUUCAAACCCCUUCCCAUGGGCAUCUCAUACCACCCGGUAACUCAACUCCCGGGAGACCUGGCACAUUCAUGGAUUCUCUAGAAACCGUGCUAACUCAGGUCCCUGGCUUACACUCUAAGAUGGACAGGGCUCUCAGUACUAAACAAGAAUGCUUUGUUCCUUUAAAACUGAAAGGCUGACCUUCAAUGAGUUGAUGCACUUUUGCUUUUGUGUUAAAUGUAGGUGUACUUAAAUACAUAGCUCCAUCAUAGUCUACAUAUAUGUAUGUGUAUGUACUUCAGUGUAAGAUUUUUUCUUCUACCCAAGGCCAUAGUCCUGGUUAUUCUGAAUCAAUGAUGUGUACCAUACAUUAUUAAAAAGCCAUUCACACAUUAUGUGUGACAUUCAAAGGACUGUGGAAGUACAGAAAAGACAAAUGACACAUUUAUUAGUUAAUCCUCAUCUUAUUUCUGACAUGUAAAAAUAAUUUUUACUUAGACUGACCAUUGCAGCUAUGUUGGGAGAUCAGUGGAGUAUUUGAAAAUUCUGAAAAUUACAAACCAAGAGAAAUUUAGGCUUCCUCUUUGAUCUUUUAUUUUGGUUCUACGACCGGGAAUCUGUAUUUCCCAGGCCAUAAGUAAGUAACCUAACAUGCUGUGGGAUCUUGAGCUCCCAGGCCUGCAUUGCUUGAUACAAUGACCUUGAGGUCCUUGGAUAAAAUGUGAUAUCCAAGUACGAUAUGUUCCUAUUACUAUUUCAGGAGUAUAAAUAAUAAAAGACUGUUAUUAGCAUUUAAUAAGCGUUCAUCUAUGCAUGUUCUUGGGUUGGUUGAUUCUAAGAAAGUAACCUGAGCUUUAUUAAAUUAUUCCUUUGCGCAGGAUCAAAACUGAUAUUCAAUGCACUUUAUAAUCAAUGGUGUCUAAACGUCUGGAUCAGUGCCUAUCUGCACACAUAAAAAUUAAACUUUCUUUCCAUAAACUACCAUAAUGAACACUCAUGGUAUUUCUGUUACUUAAACACAUCUUUGGUUUUCUUAUUCAUUUUCUGCUCUGGUUUCUAGUCAAUGGUCUUUGUAAAGACAUGAAAAGAUGGAGAGAAACAUAGUCCCAAAAGAAUUUUUGUUUCGAGCGGCGCCUGUGGCUCAGUGAGUAGGGCGCCGGCCCCAUAUGCCGAGGGUGGCGGGUUCAGACCCAGCCCCAGCCAAACUGCAACAAAAAAAUAGCCGGGCGUUGGGGCGAGUGCCUGUGGUCCCAGCUGCUCGGGAGGCUGAGGCAAGAGAUUCGCGUAAGCCCAAGAGUUAGAGGUUGCUGUGAGCCGUGUGACGCCACGGCACUCUACCCGAGGGCGGUACAGUGAGACUCUGUCUCUACAAAAAAAAAAAGAAUUUUUGUUUCAUCAACUUGCAGUGGUACUAAAAGCAUUAUCUUUAAGUCAGCAAAUAAUAGAAUAUAUUAAUAGUUUUUGAAAUUAGAAGAUACUCUCUUUUUUUUUUUUUGAUACAGAGUCUCAUUAUGUCCCCCUGGGUAAAGUGCUGUGACAUCACAGCUCAGAGCAACUUCAAACUCUUGGACUCAAGCAAUUCUCUUGCCUCAGCCUCCCUUGUAGCUGAGACGACAGGUGCGUGCCACAACGCCUGGCUAUUUUGUUUGUUUGUUUGUUUUAGCGGACUCUGACCGAGUUUGAACCCACCAGCCCCAGUGCAUGUGGCCAACGCCCUAACCGCUGAGCUAUGGGCACCAAGCCUGAAGAUAUACUCUUAAAAUUUAUAAUGAAUGCAGCAAAAAUCAGCUUAUUUCAAUCGGUCAAACAAAGCCAGUGAUAAGCAACCCUCUGCCCCCAGUGAUGCCUGACUACCUAUGCAAAAAGCCUACUAUCUAAUUUCAGGAUGACAUAUUAGAAAAGUCUAUGUUCCUGAAACAUGGAGAUAUAAACAUUUUGGUGGCUAAAAAGCAAUGCCAAUUUCCUUAAUGCCCUUCUUUUAUUCGGCAAAGUUGUAUACACAUUUUCCCCACAGGAAUUUCAAAAAGCUGUACUCAUUUUGAAGAAGAAAAUAAUAUCACCUUAAAUGCUUUCUAUUUUUCUCCUUAUGCCAAAAAUAGUUGCUUAUCACUGAUAUAAAACAAAAUGUUAAUAUGGGUACUGAUAACAAAGUUCCAAAAGACAGAAUGGGAUGAAUCACAAACAAUGCUUUUCACUUAAACUUGCCAUUGGCCGAUUACUUAAAUUGUUUUAAAUGUAUAAUAUUCUGGCUCAGCGCCCACAGUUAAAUGGUUAGGGCGCUGGCCACAUACACUGAGGCAGGCAGGUUCGAACCCAGCUGGGGCCUGCUAAACAACAACUGCAACAAAAAUAUAGCCAGGUGUUGUGGCAGGCAUCUGUAGCCUCAGCUACUUGGGAGGCUGAGACAAGAGAAUCGCUUGAGCCUAAGAGUUUGAGGUUGCUGUGAACUGUGACACCAUGGCACUCUACAAAGGGUGACAAAGUCAGACUCUGUCUCAAAAAAUAAAUAAUAUUAAUAAUAAAUAGAUAAUAUUAUUGAGUGACAUUACAGUGCUGAAAAUGAACCCAGUAGCUUUAACAACAUGUAGGCCUCUUACUGCAGUGAAGAGGUAGGCGUGUUAGCAGGAUCACAUUAGAUUUACAUGAGAGUACCGUAUUAUCCAUACCAAAGACUAUACAAAAAGGUGUUUUAUUUUAAAAAUUGUAUUUUAGUUUGUGCACAUGUACAUGAUUCUUAGGUUAUCUAAUUCACAAGUCAGUUAGCUCUGCAUCCUAACAUGUAAAACUACUGAUUCCUAUGUAAAUUGUCUGCUUAAUUGAACUAUAAGCUUUUUGAAUACAUUUGUUUCAUGACACAUCUCAUAUUCUCAUUCAAAAUAAAGUCAA